AUGCUGACCGGAGCGCUGUUGAUCGCUGCGCUCCUCGCGCCCGCGACUGCGUUGGACAACACCACCAGUCACAUUGUGGCCAAAUUGGCUACGUAUGGCGUGGAUGCCUACGAGUAUUUCAACUCCAGCGUGCUGUCGGACUCGUCGGUGCGCUCACGGUCGUUGGGAUUCUGCUCGGAGCUGUGUUCCGCGCUUCCCCGGCUGUAUCCCGGGCAUGUGCUGCAGCGCUCCACUUCUGCUUACUCCACCUGGGACGCCAGCUUCUGGUCCCAGCAGCAGGAGGAGGUUGAUCCCGCUUGUGUUUUCCAGCCGUCCAGUUCCGUGGAGGUUGCCGUGGGCCUGCUGCUGACCGAGCUGACUCUGUGUCCAUUUGCUGUCAAGAGUGGCGGUCAUGCCGCCUUUGCCGGUGCCUCCAACAUCCAGGAUGGCUUGACGAUCGAUCUGGUCUCGCUGAACUCGACGACCUUGUCUGAAGACUCCACCAUUGCCUCGGUUGGCUCGGGCAAUCGCUGGGUGAGUGUCUAUGAGUGGCUUGAGCCGAAGGGCCUGUCGGUCAUUGGUGGCCGCGUGUCUGACAUUGGCGUGGGUGGCCUGACCUUGGGAGCUAACGAGGCAGGCGGUAUUUCCUUCUUCUCGGGUAUCUAUGGCUGGGCCUGUGACAAUGUGGCCAACUACGAGGCUGUUCUAGCCGAUGGCAGCAUUGUCAAUGUCAACCUCGACAGCCACCCCGAUCUUUACUGGGCUUUGCGCGGCGGAGGCAACAACUUUGGCAUCGUCACUCGCUUCGACUUGACGACACACACCCAGGGGCUUAUGUGGGGAGGCUCGCGCGUCUGGCUGGAAAACUACCAAGCCAGCGUCCUGCAGGCGCUGAUUGACUUUGGCAAUGAUUCGCCUUCGGACCCCAACGCGGCGCUAAUCGUGUCGGUAGCCUACGCAGAGGGUCUAUACUUGUUUGUCGCGGACUUGGAGUACGCCAAGCCGGUGGCCAAUCCCCCAAUCUUUGACGGCUUUAACAGCACGGGUGCGCUGGAGGACACCAUGGCCAUCCGCAGUCUGUCUAACAUCACUCUCCUGUUCAAGGAAGACAAUCCUAGCGGCCUGCGCGAGAGCUACUGGACCGGUACCGUCCAGCUGGACUACGAUCUGGCGACCAACAUCACCAACAUCUUCAAGGAGGAAAUCGUUCCCAUCCAGAACGUGACCGGCCUUGUGCCCGCGCUCGUCUGGCAGGUCAUCAGCACCAACACCAUGGAACACAUGACCAAGAACGGGGGCAACGCCCUGGGCCUCGAUGCCACGGACGGGCCCUUGCUGCUGAUCAAUCUCGCCUUUAUGUGGGAUGACGAGUCGGACGAUGCGGCAGUGAUGGCCGUUCUGGGAUCAAUCACCGCGAAGGCUCUCGCGGCAGCAAAGGCUCGGGGAUUGGACAAUGACUAUCUGUACAUGAACUACGCCAGUCAGUACCAGUCCGUCGUGCCGUCUUAUGGUGCAGCCAACCAGGCGCGCUUGAAGGAGAUUUCGCGUCAGUACGAUCCGUUGCAGGUGUUUGAGACUUUGCAGCCGGGGUACUUUAAGCUCAAUGGAAAGGUGGCUCUAUGA